AUGCCGUUCAAAAGCACCCAGCCGGACAUUGACCUGCCCCGCAACCUGACAACAUGGCAAUGGCUUUUCGCCUCUCCCGCCUCUCCCCUAAACCAAAAUGCCUCCUCUGUCGCAGGCUUUACAGAUGCGCAAACCAAAGAACGGAUUUCCUUGUCCGAGAUGAAGCUACACACCACGCAUCUCUCUACGGCCCUGGUGCGAGACUGUGGCCUCCAGCCCGGCGACGUUGUCGCCCUAUUUUCGCCAAACACAAUCUGGUACCCUGUCGCCAUGCACGCCAUUACUCGCGUUGGCGCCAUUGUGAGUGGCGCGAGUCCAGCCUAUAAUGUGGAGGAAAUGGCAUACGCCUUGAAGACGGGCGGGGCGAAGUUCCUAAUGACAGUUCCGGGAAGUAUGGAGGUUGCAGCGGCGGCGGCCAAAGAAGCGGGUCUGAAAGCGGAAUGUGUAUUCUUGCUUGAUGGGGAAAUGGAGGGGUUUAAGACGGUGAAGAACUUGAUUGCGGUGGGGAAGAGCUAUGGUGCUGGUGCCCAGAUCGAGCCAUAUGAGAUCCCCCAGGGCAAAACGAAUGGAGACAUUUGUGGUUUCUUGAGUUUUAGCAGUGGGACGACGGGGUUACCUAAAGCGGUCAUGAUAUCUCACCAAAAUGUCAUUGCACAAUGCCUCCAGGUGCAGCAAAUAACGCCAGCCACCCACCGGAAAGUGCUCGCCGUCCUCCCCUCCUUUCACAUUACCGGUCUUGUGCACGUGCUUCACCUCCCCAUCAUCCUAAACGCAGAAGUAUACAUGCUGCCCACAUUCACCAUGAAAUCCAUGCUCGACACUGUAGUCGAGUACCAGAUCGGCGAACUGCUUCUCGUCCCCCCGAUCCUUAUCCGCAUGGUCAACGAUCCCAUCGUCAACAACUACGAUCUCCGCUGCAUAACGCGCUUCUCCAGCGGCGCGGCCCCUAUCAGCCAGGAGAUCAUCCACCAACUACAAGCCAAAUUCCCCAACACCGGGUUCAAGCAAGGCUACGGCAUGACCGAGAGCUGCAGCUGCAUCGCGGCCCACCCGCCCGAGAAGUACGACUACGCGCACGCCCACAAAGCGGGCAGUAUCUGCGCCUCGACGCUCGUGAAGAUCAUCGACGAAGACGGGCGCGAGCUGGGCGUCAACCAGCCCGGCGAACUGCUCGCCAAGGGCCCCCAGAUCACCAUGGGCUAUCUCAACAACGAAAAGGCCAGCCGGGAGACGUACGAUGCCGAGGGAUACCUGCAUACCGGCGACCAAGCGGUCGUCGGCGAGGACGGCAUGAUCACCAUCACGGACCGCAUCAAGGAGAUGAUCAAGGUCCGCGGGAUCGGGGUCGCGCCCGCAGAACUCGAGGAUCUGCUGCUGGGCCACGCGCACGUGGCGGAUGCCGCGGUGCUCGGCAUCCCGGAUGAUUACAGCGGCGAGAAACCGAAGGCGUAUAUCGUGAGGAAGAACGGGGCGCCGGAGGAGAAGGUCGUCGGUGCGGCGCUGCUGCAGUAUGUGAGGGAGAGGAAGGUCAGGCAUAAGUGGUUGAAGGAAAUCGAGUUCAUACCGGAGAUUCCGAAGAGUGCGAGUGGGAAGAUCUUGAGGAGGGUGUUGAGGGAUAGGGCUAAAGGUCUGCAGAGAGGUACGGUGGUUAGGGAUGAGGCUACGGCAAGGGCGAAGCUGUAG